CCGCGGGGGCGGAAGUGACGAAGGCCCCCGGGCACUCGUAAAAUGCUCCCGCCGACGCACAGCAGUGACGACAAACAAGGUUUCGAGGACUGAGUGGGUUUCAGACUUUCUCUCAGGAUUUCCGCUGGCUUCAGGUUCCGGUCAGGCGUCGGGACAGAGCCUGAUCCAGGCUUCGGCGGCCGGUGGCAGCUCUCGAUCAGCUCUCGCAGUCGGAGAGGCGGCUAAGGAAAGGUGCCACAGCAGAGACGCGAAGGAGAGGCCCUAGAACCUUUUCAAAGAAGAAUGGAAGAAACCAUGAAGCUUGCUACGAUGGAAGACACAGUGGAGUACUGCCUGUUCCUGAUACCAGAUGAGUCAAGGGACUCAGAUAAACAUAAAGAGAUUCUUCAGAAGUACAUUGAGAGAAUAAUGACUCAGUUUGCACCUAUGCUGGUCCCCUACAUCUGGCAGAAUCAGCCUUUCAAUCUUAAAUAUAAACCUGGGAAAGGAGGUGUUCCUGCUCAUAUGUUUGGCGUGACAAAGUUUGGGGAUAACAUUGAGGAUGAAUGGUUUAUUGUUUAUGUAAUAAAGCAGAUCACAAAGGAAUUUCCAGAGUUAGUAGCAAGGAUUGAAGACAAUGAUGGUGAAUUCUUGUUAAUAGAAGCUGCUGACUUUCUCCCUAAAUGGCUGGAUCCUGAUAAUAGCACCAAUAGGGUAUUUUUCCGCCAUGGGGAAUUGUGUAUUAUUCCUGCACCAAGAAAAUCUGGAGCAGAAUCUUGGUUACCCACCACACCCCCAACAAUUCCACAAGCAUUGAAUAUAAUCACAGCACAUUCAGAAAAAAUACUUGCUUCAGAAUCUAUACGAGCUGCUGUGAAUAGGCGCAUCAGAGGGUACCCAGAAAAAAUUCAGGCCUCACUUCAUCGAGCACACUGCUUCCUUCCAGCUGGCAUUGUGGCAGUGCUAAAGCAGCGCCCCAGAUUGGUGGCUGCAGCAGUCCAGGCAUUUUACCUACGAGACCCUAUUGACCUGCGAGCUUGUCGUGUUUUCAAGACAUUCUUGCCUGAAACACGAAUAAUGACAUCGGUCACAUUCACUAAAUGUCUGUAUGCACAAUUGGUGCAACAAAGGUUUGUGCCAGACCGGCGGAGUGGAUACAGGCUGCCUCCUCCAUCUGAUCCCCAGUACCGAGCCCAUGAAUUGGGCAUGAAAUUGGCUCAUGGAUUUGAGAUCUUAUGCUCCAAAUGUAGCCCACAUUUUUCUGACUGCAAGAAAUCCCUUGUGACUGCCUCACCACUCUGGGCCAGUUUCCUUGAAAGUCUGAAAAAGAAUGAUUACUUUAAGGGACUGAUAGAAGGUUCUGCUCAGUACCGGGAAAGGCUAGAAAUGGCAGAGAAUUACUUCCAGCUCUCAGUAGACUGGCCAGAAAGUUCUCUUGCUAUGAGCCCUGGUGAAGAAAUCUUAACCUUAUUACAGACAACACCAUUUGAUAUAGAAGACCUUAAGAAAGAAGCAGCUAAUCUUCCCCCAGAGGAUGAUGACCAGUGGUUAGAUCUCUCACCAGAUCAGCUGGACCAGCUGCUGCAGGAAGCUGCUGGCAAAAAAGAAUCAGAGUCUGUUUCCAAGGAGGAGAAGGAGCAGAACUAUGACUUAACUCAAGUCUCAGAGAGCAUGAAAGCUUUCAUAUCCAAAGUCUCAACCCACAAGGGAGCAGAGCUGCCUCGAGAACCUUCUGAAGCUCCAAUCACUUUUGAUGCAGAUUCUUUUCUUAAUUAUUUUGAUAAGAUUUUAGGGCCAAGGCCUAAUGAGUCAGAUUCUGAUGAUCUGGAUGAUGAGGACUUUGAAUGUUUAGAUAGUGAUGAUGACUUGGACUUUGAAACACACGAACCUGGCGAAGAGGCGUCCCUGAAAGGAACGCUUGAUAAUCUCAAGUCAUACAUGGCCCAGAUGGACCAGGAACUAGCACACACCUGCAUCAGCAAAAGUUUCACCACUAGGAACCACGUGGAACCUGUAUCCCAGACUACCGAUAACAAUUCAGAUGAGGAAGAUUCUGGUACAGGAGAAUCUGUUAUGGCACCAGUAGAUGUAGACCUGAACCUGGUUUCAAAUAUAUUGGAAUCCUAUAGCUCCCAAGCUGGACUGGCAGGACCUGCUUCCAAUCUUUUACAAAGCAUGGGAGUGCAGCUGCCUGACAACACCGAUCACAGACCAACAAAGGAAGAGCAUUCCAUUCGACUGGAAGCAGUCUCCUAGCAGUGUGUCCGGAGUUGGUUCCUUCCAGUGGGUUCUUGGUCUUGCUGACUUCAAGAAUGAAGCCGUGGAGCUUUCGGUGAGUGUUAUAGCUCUUAAAGGUGGCACGAACCCAAAGAGUGAGCAGCAGCAAGAUUUAUUGUGAAGAGCGAGAGAACAAAGCUUCCACAGCGUGGAAGGGGACCCGAGUAGGUUGCCGCUGCUGUCGGGGGUGCCAGCUUUUAUUCCCUUAUUUGUCCCUGCCCACAUCCUGCUGAAUGGUCCAUUUUACAGAGCACUGAUUGGUCCAUUUUAUGGAGUGCUGAUUGGUCCAUUUGACAGAGUGCUGAUUUGUGCAUUUACAAUCCUUUAGCUAGACACAGAGUGCUGAUUGGUGCGUUUUUACAGAGUGCUGAUUGGUGCGUUUACAAUCCUUUAGCUAGACACAGUGCUGAUUGGUGCAUUUACAAUCCUUUAGCUAGACACAGAGUGCUGAUUGGUGCGUUUACAAUCCUUUAGCUAGACACAGAGCACUGAUUGGUGCAUUUUUACAGAGUGCUGAUUGGUGUGUUUACAAUCCUUUAGCUGGACACAGAGUGCUGAUUGGUGCAUUUUUACAGUGUGCUGAUUCGUGCAUUUACAAUUUUCUAACUAGACAAAAAAGUUCACCAAGUGCCCACUCCACCCAGGAAGUCCAGCUGGCUUCACCUCUCAGCAGAGCUACUUUGGUGCUGCUCUCUUCUCGUUUUACUACUAAAGUUACUUGCCUAUGAGAGAAGACACUUUUUUUUUUUUUUUUUUGAGAUGGAGUUGCUCUGUCGCUCAGGUUGGAGAGCAGUGGUACAUACAGUCUUGGCUUACUGAAACCUCCUCCUCCGGAGUCAAGUGAUUCUCCUGCCUCAGCCUCCCGAGCAGCUGGGAUAACAGGUGCACACCACCAUGCCUGGCUAAUUUUUGUAUUUUUAGUAAAGCCAGGGUUUCGCCAUGUUGACCAGGCUGUCUUAAACUUCUGAUCUCAAGUGAUCCACUCGCCUCGGCCUUCCAAAGUGCUGGGAUUACAGGCGUGAGCCACCGCACCCAGCCAAGAGAAGAAGUCCACUCAUUCAACAUGUAUUUAAUGAGUACCCAAUGUGCCUAGGACUGUUAUAGGGAUAGGAUACAGCAGGGAACAAAACAUGAAAAUCUCUGUCCUCAUGUAACUUACAUUCUAGAAGGGGAAACAAA